AUUUUGCCAUAUGAUGCUUCCUCUCACUAGCCAGGAACCUCAAACGAAACCUCCCUCCCCGCCGUGUCUUUCUUGCUUCUUAAAAUUCUACCCUUUAUAUAUAUAUACGCUUCUCACUCCAUCAUUUCCACUCUCAAGGAAAUCAAACCUUCACUUCUCUCCCAUUCUUUGAAUUCAAUUUCCAGUUUUGCAGCUUCAACUCUUUAUUUCUGAUCUUAAAUUUCGACCCCCCUCCAAUAAGUACCCCAGAAAACAAAAGAAAAUUAGUAGAGAAAUCAACCCCUCUAUCAAUUAUGGCAUCUUUUGAUGAAGCUUCAGCUUUGGAACUCAUUAGGGAGCACCUCUUGACUGACUUUGCUUCCAUGGACAGCUUAAUCACCAAUCUUGAUGACCUUUGCAGUACUUCCAGCUCCUGUAUUACUACUGACUGCAUCAAGACUGAAUCAACAGAAUUCGAUCCCUUUGAUCAAUCAGAGCAGCCACAACCCAAGCUGCAGAGUCAAUCUAGCAUCGAAUCCAAGCCUCAAGCCUCACCAAAGUCUCCAAGCACUCUAAGCCAGAGAAAACCAUCCAUGAUCAAGAACAUCGCAAUUCCUCCACCAGCAACCUUGAACAUGACCCCACAAGUAGUACAGCCAGUGGGGAACAAGGCAGAUGCUUCAAGUGAACAAGAAAGGCAUUACAGGGGCGUUAGGCGUAGGCCAUGGGGCAAAUAUGCAGCUGAGAUCCGUGACCCUAACAAAAAAGGAGCUCGUGUAUGGCUUGGAACAUUUGAUACAGCCAUUGAAGCUGCAAAAGCUUAUGACAGUGCUGCUUUCAGGCUACGUGGAAGUAAAGCAAUCUUGAAUUUCCCUCUUGAGGCUGGAAAGUCUAAUUCUCAGCAACCUGAACAAUUCUUGGAAACUUCAAGCAAGAAAAGAAAGAUUGAAGAAAUAGAGAGUAGUAUGGAAAGUACUAGUUCUGUGAUCACUAAUAAGGUGGCGAAGAGGGAAAGUUCUUCGCCGGAAACUGAGGUCAAAGCAGCGGCUACGGAACCAUUAACGCCGUCAAGUUGGAAGGGGUUCUGGGAUGGUGAAGUCAUGGGGAUAUUUAAUGUGCCACCAUUGUCACCGUUAUCUCCCCAUCCUUCUUUUGGGUAUUCAAGGCUGAUGGUUGUUUGAAUGAUUCACGGUCAACAUGUCGUUUGGAUGGUUGAUUUGCUGUUUACUCAAUUAGUAAAAAUCUGAUGGCCAAAAGUGUCGCGGAUUAAGUAGAGAUUAGGAAGUUUCUAUACAUAGCUACAUAUAAUUAGUAGGGUUCAUAUACGCAACUAUGAUUGCGUUUGUUGAAGAUGAUAAGUUUUGUAAGAUUGCAUUUCUUCUUUGAUUGCAUUUAUUCAAUGGAAUGGAUUUUGUA